AUGGACCCCGAGGAGAGGGAUGUGGGAGAACAGCGCGAGGGUUCUUUCGAAGAAGAAGAGGAGAGCGACGAUGAAUAUGCACAGAAACCGCGCGAGCUUCCGGCCGACUUGCCACGCACUCUGGACGACCGCAAGAACUUCAACAGCUACAAUCAAGAGACGGAGUACUAUGACGCAUGGCAGGGACAAUCCCAAUUCCUUACUGCCCCUACCAUAGCGACGCCCCUCAAUUUCAACCUUUCACUGCACGAGCCCGAUGACGAUUCCUUUGCGCGAGACUACGGCAAUGACGAUGCACGUGUUGCACAGAUGAUGGCUGCACAGGCGAGCAAACCCGGCGACGCUGGAGAGACGGAGGAAGAUAACAUACUGCACGACGACAAGAGGACGAAGGACCAGAAGACCGCGGCCCUCCAAGAAUUGCUGUUUCUUGCUGCGAGCAACGGCGAUGCUCAACGAGUGCAGCGUCUGGUACGGGGGAGCGCCUCUGCGUUACUAGAGAUUGAUGGGGUCGAUGGGGAAGGCACUCCUCCGUUGGUAUACGCAAGUUGCUUCGGCCACAAGGACGUUGUACUCGCGCUUCUCAAUGCCGGCGCGACUGUGGACAACCAGGAUCGAAACCAAUGGACAGCUCUUAUGUGGGCCAUGACUAACAGUCAUAAAGAAAUCGCAAAGAUCUUGCUGGACCAUGGAGCUUCGACGGACGUGAAGUCGUCGAGUGGUAGGACUGCUCUCGACUUUGUGCCGCCAAACAGCGAGAUGUCCGAAUUCUUGCAGCACAGUGGCUAUAGCAUAGGCAGUGUUGGAGUAACGGAUGAUUUCUACAGCUCUGGAUUCUCGCAGGACAGGUUCGAAGAGGAGUUGGCUGAGAGCGAGAUGCGGCGCAGGAUGAUGAUGGAAAGUGCUAUCAACUUGGAAGUUGACCUUGGAAACCUUGGACUGGACGAGCAGCCCGAAUCACCAGAAGAUUUUGAAGAUAGCCAGGACUUUGUCUGGGAUCGAUGUCUGAACGAUCAGAUGUUCGUCUUCAUGGAGAAUGACAUUGAACGAAUACUGGACGUUGUCAUUACAAAAAUGACGCCUCAGCGAACGCCUUCGCAGAAACCAGUACCAGCCAACAUCGUCUUCCUUGGUGCUCGAUACGCACAUUACCACGCGAAUAAGGAGCUACUCACGGAGUGGCUCGAAGCAGCCCAGGAUAAGAUUUAUGCUGUCGUUGACCGCUAUCAGUGGGAUAUGACGAUUCUUGCAUUCUGGAUAUCGAACGCCACUCUACUUCUAUACUACCUCAAGAAAGACACCGGAUUGACAGAAGAGACAACGCAAUUUCAAGCGCAAAUGGCCGAGUUGAUACACGAGAUCUUCAUUCUCAUCAUCCGAGACGCUGAAAGACGGAUGGACAAAGUCCUCGAUGCAGCCGUCCUUGACCACGAGACUAUUCCUGGAUUCGAGGACAUCACAUUUCAAAACGAGUGGAAGUUUCUGAAAAGCAAAUCAAAAGUGAAGCCUGACCCUGUCGAAAAGCGUAUGCGGCCACCAUCACCAAAACGCAGAGCGCAACCAUCGCCACGAAACAUCACUUCACUCAUGUCGUCCACACUUUUUGUGCUUGAUCUGUACGAUGUGCAUUCAGUCAUCAUCGCCCAGAUCCUCUCACAGCUGUACUACUGGCUCAGUGCUGAGGUCUUCAACCGAAUAAUGUCGAACAAGAGAUACUUGGCACGAACAAAAGCGAUGCAGAUUCGCAUGAACAUUUCAACUCUCGAAGACUGGGCGCGAACGAACAACCGGCAGCCAGAACACUACGAAAAUGGCGCUAUGAACUCAAGCGGCGAGACAACUGUAGAUGCAGCAAGGAGACAUCUCGCACCAGUAGUCCAGCUGUUGCAAUGGUUGCAGUGCUUCUCAUCAUUGGGUGAAGAUCGCGCGGCUAUGGAGACGACCAUCCAGCAGUUGCCGGCACUAUCAACCAAACAGCUACUACAUGCUGUGAAACACUACCGAGCGGAAGUAGGAGAGAAGUCACUCACACGACCCGCGCUCAGACACAUUCAGGAAGUUAAGAGCAGACCGAAGUCUCUGCAAACAGAGCCCUUGUCUGCCGGCGCAUCGGACCCUCCAGCUACUCCUGGAGCGACGAACGGCAAGUCGACACCGCAACCGCCCAACACGCCGCAGCUCGAUGAAGAGGAUCAUGUUCCGGAGACCAAUCUCAUGAAUCCGGCGCUCCUGCUCCCAUUUCACCUACCAACCUCGACAGACAUGCUGGUCAGCUACGGGGCCGGUUUCGGUGGUAUGAACAAGGAGCGAGAACGUCGCUACAUACCUUCAGUACCGCCUGAGUUUCUCACCAAGCUAGAUCCAGCUGGACGACAGCCUGGCAAUGUCAUCAAUCAAGCAGUAACGUUCAUCCCCGCAGACAAGAUAGACGAGACUUUCAAGUCGGACAGCAUAGAAGACCUCAUCAACAAACCUCUCGGUUCCCGCAUCCUCUCUUUCUCCGACGAAUGGUUCGCUGCCGCCGAGAACCUCACUACACCUACCCCACCAAUCCGCAAGCCAGGCGUCUUCACAUUCGCAGGAGCCUGGUAUGACGGAUGGGAAACACGUCGACACAACCCAGAACCCUUCGAUUGGGUGGUCAUUCGGCUGGGAGUAGCGUCAGGAAAAGUCAAAGGUUUCGAGAUCGACACUGCGUUCUUCAAUGGCAACCAAGCACCUGAGGUUGCUGUGCAAGGAUGCUUCAUAAGUGAUGAUAGGGAAGAGGAGGCUAAGAAGAAGGAUUUUGCCGAGUGGGAAACGAUUCUGCCCAAGCAAGAGUGUGGACCGAGUCAGAGACAUGGCUGGUUGCUGCCGAAGAUCACGGAUAAGGCGUACACACACGUGCGACUGCAGAUGUUCCCUGAUGGAGGAAUCGCACGCUUCAGACUGUUUGGCGAAGCUCUACCAGUCCUGCCGCAGGACGUCAACGAGGUCUUCGACCUCGCCGCGACCGUCAAAGGAGGAGUGGCUGUCAAAUGCUCCGACCAACACUUCGGCACCAAAGACAACCUCCUCCUCCCCGGCCGCGGCGUCGACAUGGGCGACGGCUGGGAAACCAAGCGUUCGCGAGGCGUGCACAUCGACUGGGUCAUCAUCAAGCUCGGCACACCCGGCAUCAUCGACAAACUCGUCGUCGACACCGCCCACUUCCGCGGUAACUUCCCUCAAAAGGUCCAGAUUUUUGCUGCACCCAAGGCGGACCAGGCUCCUGAGCAUGAGGAUUCUGUGUGGGAGGAGAUUUUGAGUCCGCAGAAGACGGGGCCGGAUCAGGAGCAUGAGUAUACGGGGGAGGUUAUCAAGGAGGCGGCGGGGAAGACGUUUGGGUUUGUCAAGUUGGUUAUUAUUCCGGAUGGGGGUGUGAAGAGGGUUAGGGUGUUUGGGAGGAGGGGGGAGUAG